AAUCUGUUCUGUCUAUGUUAUUGCAUUACAUCAAUUAAUGUAUGGAAAAUAACAUCAAAACAUGGAUAUACAUUUUUGUUAUUCAUUGUCAGUCAUUAACCAAACCUUGUAUACUUUUCCAUCAUGUGUUGGGUCACCUAACAUUUUAAAAGAACGGUGCAGAAUUAAUUCAAUCAUCAUCUGCAUUAGAAGUAAACACUAACUACGACCUUUGGUAGAGUGAGCCCUUUGGCGACCCGUAGUCUUGUUAACCCGGGAUCCUUGGGACGACAUUGACGUUAAAAUGUAAAGUUAGGUUAAGGUUUGGGGUUAAAGUUAGGGUUUAGGGUAAGGACGUCCGAAGGAUUAGGGAUCGCACUAAACAUUAGUUACCACAACCACAAUGUCAUAAUUAUGGCUAAACCACGCCUAUUUUUUUUUUUUACCUUCUUAAAAUCUGACUUUAAACCUAACCUUAACCACACUGCUAGCCUUCUGCCUAACAUUAAACCUUAAACCCUGACCAAAAAGCUCAUUUUUGAUUUCAUUAAUUUUUACAAUAAUGUAUAGUAUUCUGGCUUUGUGGAUGUGGUAACUAGUGACAACGACGUUGCCUUGGCUUCAAGAUGGCGGAGGCCUUGACAAGUCAGGAGGAACUGGCGGUGGAGGAGUUCCUGAGGGAGGUGCGUAGCAGGGAGCAGCCCCACAGUGCAGCCCUGGUCUCUCAGCCAACCGCCGUCAAGUUCCUCAUGGCACGCAAGUUUGAUGUCCCCCGAGCAAUAGACCUCUUCCAGGAAUACAAGAACACGAGGAUUAAGGAGGGCAUCUUCAACAUUAACCCAGACGAGGAACCUCUCCGCUCUGAACUGCUCAGCGGAAAGUUCACCGUCCUGGUGAGGCCUGUGUGUGUGUGUGUGUGUGUGUGUGUCAGGGUUUCCGUUAAGAAAAUGUGGUGCUGGACAAAGUGACCGGGAAGAUUUGAAUUUAACGGCCAUUUGAGAAAUGUACCGGACCCAUAUGCUUUGGG